AAAGUCAGAUAUUUUUUCUUUUUAAUUUAGAUUUUAUAUCUGUUUUUAUAGAUUUUAUCAGAUCUUUAUUUUUUUUUAUAAAUUUUAAAGGUUUUUGUUCUGAGCUGGAAAUUAAGUAGAUCGGAGAGUGAUAAGUGGUUGGCGUUUGGUUUACGGAUGAAUGAGGGAAAAACUGGACACAUGAAGCUGGUCUGGAAUUGUAGUACAAGUUAAGGUUAUAAAAUGAAAAUGGAUAGGAAACCGCAUUUGAUAAAAAAGCUUGCUGACGUGAAACGUCAAAGGGUGGAUGAAUCCAUUGUUCCUGGCUCGGAAGAAGCAACUGAGGUUGAGCAUUUACUUGUGGAACCUAAAAGUGAGCAUGUUUCAGUAGAUGGAGUCCUAUGUUUUGGGAAGGAGAAUAUAGAAAAGCACUUGAAAAUGGAGGACUUCUCUUGUGCUUUUGAUUAUGGCUGGAAAAUUAGUUGUGGUGGGCUGGAUUCUAUCCAUGGUCUAGGAGGAGAUGAUUUGAAGCUUGAAGUUCUUGAUGGAUUGCUGGAUGAAGUUGAUGAAGUGGAUGAUAUUCAUGCAGCACAUGAUCUCUCCGGUGCAUGUGAAGAUUUUCUUUUGGAUAUUGAAUUUCCAGAAAAGUUUUCUGAAUUGGAUUGUGGUCCUCAGGAAGGAUCGAAUUUGCAUAACUCAAGUUCAGAAAGUCAUUCACCUGGAUUUAGUGGAAGUAGUAAUAGUGCAGGUGGCAUAUCAGAAUUAUCAAUUGCAACCAUUCAAGAAUCCAACAGCAACAAUGGUGUGCUUGGAAAGAUGGUCAGUUGUGAUUUACAUCAUACCUUUAGGAGCAGAUGUGGGUGUCAGGCUCCGGUUAUGGACACCAUUCGUCCUACUAUAAAACAUGUGCAAGAUGUUGUUGAGUCUGAUGAUGAUGAAAAACCUUUAAUAAAUUAUAUAUUGUCUAAUAAGAAAGUAAAAUGCUCUGUUAAAGUAUCAAAAGGUGGCACUCUUCUCAGACAGAAGAGAUUGCGGAAGCCUACUAGGAGGUAUAUUGAGGAAUUUUCUAGAAAUUCUACUUCUGCAAAGAAUAAGCGCUUUAAAGUCAGAUCAGAAGAAGAACAUCCUCAAGUGCCAUCUGAAUCCCGGCAACGGAGAGGACGCCCCAAGAAAAUUAUGCCGAAACCGGAGCUUGAAUCUGAUUGUGAGCUUUCUGCAUCUGAAUCCGAAGAUGAGUGCAAGGGAACCAAAAAAUCCAAAACGGCUUGUGAUAGGAGGAAGCAUCAAAGGAUGUGGACCCUUGAAGAGGUGAUUAAGUUGGUUGAUGGAAUUGCUGAGUAUGGUGUUGGAAGAUGGACUGAUAUAAAAAGGCUUCUAUUUGCAUCAUCUGCUUAUCGAACACCUGUUGAUCUGAGGGACAAAUGGCGAAAUCUUCUAAGAUCUAGCUCUGCACAUAAACACAACAGGAGAGAGGUUGAGACUAAUUUGAAGCAUGCUGUACGUUCCCUACCAAAACCUGUGGUAUGCCGCAUCCGUGAACUGGCGACCAUUCAUCCAUAUCCAAAGGUCCGCGGGCCGAAAAUUUCAUCUGUUGAUUAUGUUCCUUCAUCCAAACAAUCUACAACAACUAAAGGUGCUCCAGUUUACUCUCAUGGAAGAAAUCUACGUAGGAAGAAGUGUAGUUGAAGAAGCAUUUCUGUAAUUGGCAGUGAAGCAAACUGCAAUUCAAGUUUAGUUGUAAAGAAGCUGUGUUCUUCCCUACAGUCCCCUUAACACCUGCCAUGAUCUGCACAUAUAAAUGUUUCCGGAUUGUUAGGAAUAUCUGGUAAAUUUUACCCAAGUGAAAACAAGUUUUACAAUUUUA